CACGGAACCCCAAAGCCCUCGUCCUCCUUCCUUCGUCCCUCUCUUCGGCGAUUGAUCAUCGGCGACCAGAAUGUCGGACCAAAGGUUGGAAGCCGAGUCGGUCCUCGCCGGAGGUGAAGCCCAGCCCGCCCUCCUCGAACCCUACGCGCGGCUCGUGAGAUUGGUGGUACGAGCGUUUUACGACGACUUAGGAUUCCAGGGCGAGGAACUGAUCACUGGUUGCGCAGGGGAGGCCGGCCUAGCCGUUGUCCUUCUCGACGCCCUCACUCGGUGUCGAUGCCAGUGGGUUGAGGAAGAGGAGUUGGCAAAGGUGCUUAAGCUUAACAAGAGGAAAUGCUUGCAGAUCCUGCAUUAUUUUGAAGCUGAGAGAUUCCUGAAAAGAAAGAUACCAAAGAUUUGUGAUAUCACACGCUAUAAGAUAAGCAUGAUGAAAGCAAAUUUGAAGAAUCAAUUGGCUAACAAAGUUGUGGAAAGCUACACAUGCUGUGGCUGUAAAAGAAGAUAUUCAGUAUUUGAUGCAAUGCAGCUGGGGUCUUUUGAGUGUGAGAGCUGUUCCAGAGAGUUAGUGAGGGAAGGUGACGAGGAAUCAAAUGAUGCAUCACGCGAUGGAAGAAAGAGAAGGAAAACUAAUUUGUCAAACAAACUCCAAAGAAUUCAGGAGCAGCUGGAACCCUUGGCAUCUCUACUUGAUAUGAUCGAGAAGUUGCCUGCGUUGGAAUUUUUGUAUCUUUAUGAUGAUGAUUUGCCAAGGAGCAGUGGACAUGAUGCAGUCAGGGUCCUUGGGGAGAAGAUGGUUGAAGCAUCACCAGCUUUGAAUAGAAUGCCAGAUCCUGAAAAACAUAUUAAUCUUACCGAGUCAAAGAUCUUGCCUGACUGGAUGAUAAGAGAGGGUAUGUUACAAAAGAAUACUCAUACUGGUGAUGACUCAGCGCUCAACGAAAGUACCCAGGACGCAUAUGCUAAGGCAUAUAGACAGGCACUUUACGAGGCUUAUUCAAGAGACACCCCAGCAGCAGUGAGAAGGUAAAAUGUAUAGCUGUGGAUGCCAGGACAAGGAAAACGCAAAGGCCCUUUGCAUUUCUUUUCAUUGAAAAGGUAAGAAGUCAGUUACAAACGUCCUAUGACGAAAGGUCAAAUGAUCGAGUUACAGUAUCAGUGCACAUCAUGAAGGUGGCAGCACCACUCUGCGCCCAGCAGCUUCGGCCUUUGCCCAGAAGGAGUGCGAUCAAGGCUUCCUCCUUGAUCCGAUCAACUAGCGUAUCAAUGGAUGGCCUCGCGUUGUCGAAGACGCAGCUGUUCCUAUGCUUCCAGACCAUCCAAGGCACAAGGAGUGCGACAGAUUGCAGGGCCUUGCGUUGCAUCGGCGGCGUAUUUCCCUUGGCGUGCAACCACAAGUCCUUGAGGGUGGGCUCCUGAUUGGGUAACGGCACCGGGAUGCGAAGCCAAGCCAGGGCCUCAUGACAGGCCUGCUGUGUAAAGGGGUAGUCUAGCAAUAGGUGCCAGAUCGUUUCCGGUGCUUGAUCACAAAGGAGGCAUCGCGGAUGAUGUUGCAGUCCGUGUCAAGUCAGUCGAUCAGCAGUCCAGCAGCAGUCCUGGUUGGUCAGCCAAUGGAAAGUUUUGACCCGAGGUGGCGCCCAACUCCUCCAGAUCAGCUUCCAGGAGUAGGAGUGCGUAGAUCCAUGGAAGGUGGCCGCAUAGCAGUAUUGCGCAGAGUAAGUGCCACUCGCACACCAAUUCCAGCUGGUCGGGGGCAUCAGUAAGCGUGGUGUGCUGCACGUUUUGCCAUAGCUGCAGGUACUGUCCUAUCUCGUGGAUGCCAAGGACGCCAUGUAUGUCACGUGCCCAGGUGUUGCCAUUGAGCCCAUCCGCCACCGUUCUGACCUUGCGCCGGUGCUUAGGGAUGCAGCUGUAGAGCAUGGGCAUGAGCUCGCCGACUGACUUCCCAUUAAGCCAGCGGUCCUCCCAAAAUAGGGCGUUCAAUCCAUUCUCGAUGGUCAUGUAUGUAGAUGCGGAGAAUAGCGCACGCUCAUUGUUGGAGAACUGGAGGUCCAGCCCCUGCCAUGCGCGCUCUGGGUCCGUGCGAGAGAACCAGAGCCAACGCAGCCGAAGCACAAGCCCGGUGCGCACCAGGUCACGGACACCCAGGCCGCCGAGCUUGAGAGGGCGGCAGACAUGGUGCCAGUUUGACAUGACAAUGGCCAGAGGAAACCUCGCUGAAUUUUCUCAGGUUG